CAAUUCCAAGUGUGGCUGCGGUAGCUGUGCGCACUACGGCUGUGGCUUACCCCGCGCAGUAGCUCUAGCUUUUUCUUGCCUUCGCUCUGUGAGGUGCCACUUUGGCUCACAGCCGGUUCGCCAUGGGUUGCGCCACCUCCGCCCCAAGGCUGGAGACGUGCGGUCGAGAGGAGACAGGUCAAUUGCCGGACAUUCACGUUAUUCAGGCUGAGGAUGUGAGGGAGGAGGGUGAGGAGGCGCUCGUGGACCACGAGUCCUCCUACUACACCAGGGAAAGGAAGGAGGGUAUGCCUAUCGGUGUGCAUGGCCCCCCAGAUCGCCGUCUGCAUGACCGGCACGUGAACAGGAUAAACAGGUUCCUCAAGGCAGCUGCAGAAGACCCGGACAGCCUCAUCUCUGCAGUAGAGCUCAGGCGCGUGAAUGGGACUGAGGAACGGUGGUGCCGGCGCCUCCGGAAAUAUCCUAAUUAGCAGGUUGGACUGAAUCGGCCAAAGGUUCGGCUUAGGCGGACACGCG